CUUCUGAUAUAAAGAACGCCGCAGAUCACGGCACUCCACUUCAUCCACCGUGCUGCAGGAAAUAACGACGGAUAUUCAGAAUUGUACGAAGAAGAAUGUGGUUGCAUCGGCGUGUCGCAUCUUCGAUUGUCCUUUUGUGGUGUGUCGCCGCCUCCACUGAGUUACAGUGUUCUCCACAAGCACUUGCCUUCAGAUUCUCCAUAAACAGCCAAAGAAACAAAACAGGCCAAUGGAAUGCUCAGGUAAAGUUGGAGCAUGAAGCUGGCAACAAAGAAGUUCGACCUUGGGAGGUAGAAGUAGACCACAGCACAGCAAAGUGUGGGAACGUGGAGUCAGUUGUCAUAAUCGUCACAAUUAGAGGAACGCCUCACAUGGACAUAUCUUCUAGAAAUACGUUAGCACCGGGCUAUGAGCUUAUACCCGGCUUGGGAGGAUACAAAUUUCAUAAUGAAGUCAAGACAUGGGCCGAGGCACGUGAAAUCUGCGUUCAGGAAGACGCACAUCUUGUCAUUAUCAACUCUCAGAGGGAAGCCAACGCGUUGUUACAUUUCUGGGUGCCGCACCCCAAAAUAUUUAACGACUGGAGGAAUGAUUGGGCACACAUAGGUUUUCAUGAUCAAUACGUUGAAGGAGAGUACGUCACAAUUUUCAACGAUCCGCUAAACUCUACAGGAUAUGCGGUGUGGACAACCAAUCAGCCCGACGGCAGAGUAACAGAAAACUGUGGAGUUGCUAACCGGGGGUCGAGCACCCUCGCCGACGUUGGGUGUGGAGUUCAGCUGCCGUUCUUCUGCGAACAAGAGCUCUGACGGACUAACUAACAAAGUAUUUGCCUGUCUUUAUUAUGUUUAAUGUUUUCAAGGUGGUGAGAGUUCACGUUGCCUGCUUUAUGUUUUGACACCGUGCGGACUUGUAGGAUGUCUUUAAGGAAAAUACUGGCUGAUAUUAGGUUCCGGAGUAUCAGUAUGUUCGCCCGAAACGUCGGCUAUCUUCUCUGAUAUAGUUCUACGUAGUUUGGGUAGAUUAUGUCCGACGAUUCAGAGAAUCUUACUGCCUUCAUCAUGAGGGCGAAUAAUACAUGGUGCUGUAUACCAAAAGACCGCCAUAUUCAUAGUUAUUCAUCGCCGUGAGAACCUCAGAAAUUAUAUAUGAAGUAGGUGUUUAUAGAAUUACACUCAGAGUAUGAUUUCCUAGAUGACACUAACGUAUGAGUACAAAUAUUCUAUAGGCCUCUUACCAUCUAUCAGAGACAAAGGACUUAGAGUUACUAAGGAAUAUCAACUGUAGGCUUUCGGUGUAGACUGUGGGAACAUAAUACGUAAUGUAGGAUUUGAGGUUUUCACGGCGCUGAGUCUGAAGAUGGCUGCCUUCACGGCGCAACAACCCAGAAGACAGAAGUCUGCACAACACAUAAUGUAAAACGUAUUAAAUUACCUUAAGUAUUUAUAAGGUGAAUUUUAUAAUAAACUGAAUGACAGGAAAUAGAUAUCUAUAUAUGCCCAACAUUGUACUUUUCUUUUAUUUUGCUAAAAAAUAUGCAAAAUAAAAAAAUAAUUGAAUGG